AUGAACAUCUUUGCUACCUGGGAGGUGGACUGCUCCAGCCCCACCUGUGUGCCUCGGCAGUGCAGCCUCGCCUUAAACAAGCUGCUGAUCUACAGGGAGCUGGAGAAGGAGGUCAGGGGUGUGGUCAUCAGUGUGAAGAUCCAGGGCUGCAAGACCAUCUUGAGGUCGGAUGAGAUCCUGCUGCCCCCCAGUGGUCAAGUGCAGACCGACCUGGCGCUGACCUUCUCCCUGCAGUACCCCCACUCCCUCAAGAGGAAAGGCAGCACCUUGCAGGUCCUCCUGCAGCAGAAGCAGCGCCUCAGCACCCAGGCCCUCAUGGGGUAUAAGACACUCGCCAUGGGCACCAUCAACAUGGCUGAGUUGAUGCUGCGACCCCUCCAGGGCGGCCAGAUGCUGAGCCUCCAUAGCACCAUCACGGAGACAUCUGCCCAUGUGGCUGAGGUCAGCAUCUCCUCCUUGUCCAGCCAGCCCAUGGAAGUGGAGGACAGCACCCGGCAGGCUGGCCCCAAUGCCAAGUCCAGCUUUAGUUACUCUGACCAUCAGGCUAGCCGUGAUCCCAGGCUCUGGCAGGACCAAGAGGAGGAGGAUUUUGACUUUGGGGAGUCCAAAAAGCAGCUCCAAGGAGGAGGAAGUGUGCCACCCAUGACAAGGGAACAAUAUGCCAUCAAGAAGGUUGGGGCGUGGCUGCGUAGGGAGAAACUGUGGGAGGAAGAACUGAGCCUGGAGCAGGAGUCUUGGGGGAAUGUCACCGAGGAGGACGAUGACCUCAAUGUGCUGUGUGAUUCGGUUGAGAACAUUAGCGACAGUAGAUCAUGA